CUCCUCCACAUGGAAGGUUGUAGGAAACUGAUUCGUCAAGCCCUCAUAAAUCUAACUAGAGAGCCACUGCCAUACCCAAUUCUUUGGGCUUCUCUUUAGUUUUAAUUAUCUGCCUCCUAUGACCACUCAACCAGUCUUUUCUUCUUCUUUUACUUCUUCUUCUUCUUCUCCAUAUGAUGUCUUUCUGAGUUUUAGAGGCGAGGAUACACGCACCAAUUUUACAGAUCAUCUGCGCAAUGCUCUGGUUGGUAAAGGGAUCCACACCUUCAUUGAUGAUGAUGAGCUUCCAAGAGGAGAAGAAAUAGCGCCGGCCCUUAUCAAAGCAAUUGAAGACUCAAGAAUUUCUCUCAUUGUAUUCUCUGAAAACUAUGCAUCUUCGAGGUGGUGUUUGGAUGAACUUGUUGAGAUCCUUCGAUGUAAACAAUCAAAGCAGCAAAUAGUUUGGCCCAUUUUUUACAGGGUGAAUCCAUCUCAUGUGCGAAACCAAACAAAUAAAUUUGGUGACGCAUUUAACGGCCUUAUUGAAAGCAAAUUCAAAGAUAACGAGAAGAAGGUGCUCAUAUGGAGGGAAGCUCUUACAAAAGCAGCAAAUUUGUCCGGACAUCCUUUCAAGGAUGAAGAGCACGAAGCUACAUUUAUCAACAACAUCGUUGAUGGAAUCUUAAGCCAAGGACUGAGCCGCACAUAUUUGAAUGUGGCCAAGUACCCAGUUGGAAUUCAAUCUCGCGUACAAGAUGUGGAAAGGCUUUUAGAUGUUGAUGGGAAUGGUCGUCGCAUGGUUGGGAUAUGGGGGGCAUCUGGAAUAGGCAAGACAACAAUUGCCAAAGCUAUAUGGAAUGAAAUUGCCCACAAGUUUGAAGGAAGUUGUUUCUUGCCAAAUGUGAGAGAAGGAAGCUUAAUCCAGCUACAGGAGAAUCUUCUUAAUAAGAUUCUAGGCAAAAUUUUGAAAAUUGGAAAUGUUGAUGAAGGAUUUGGUGUUAUAAUGAAACGGUUGAGGCAUAAAAAAAUUCUAUUAAUUCUUGACGAUGUGGAUGAAUUGGAGCAGUUAGACAACUUAGCUGGAGAUGAUUGGUUUGGUGAGGGUAGUAGAGUAAUCAUUACUACAAAAGAUAGGGGAUUGCUAGACAAUCGUGAAAUUGAGUUGAUAUACGAGGUGAAGAAGUUAUAUUACAACCAACCUCUUGAGCUUUUCAGUUGGCAUGCAUUCGGAAGAAGUGAACCUCCAAAAGAUUAUUUGGAACUCGCACAACGUGCAAUAGCUUUUGCUGAUGGCCUUCCACUAGCUCUGACAAUUUUAGGUUCUCAUCUUCAUAAUAGAGGUAUACAACGUUGGCAAGUUAUAUUAGAUGGUUACAAAGGAGAACCUUAUACACAUAUUGAAAGAAUACUUCGAAAAAGUUAUGAUGCCUUGGAUGAUUGCGCAAAAGAAUUUUUUCUCGACAUUGCAUGUUUCUUCAAGGGUGAAUAUAGGGACUAUGUGCUACAAAUAGUACCCAAAAAAUUCAUUGAAGAAUUCGUUGAUAAGGCAAUGAUAACUAUUGAAUGGGAUGAUAAGAUUUUAAUGCACGAGUUGCUAGCAAACCUGGGCAAGGAUAUAGUUCACAAAGAAUCCCCCAAUGAUCCUGGCCAGCGUAGUAGAUUGUGGUUUUACGAGGAUGUCAAACAAGUUCUAACGGAAAGUACAGGAACAAGAAAAAUUAAAGGCAUCAUGGUGAAGCUUCCAGAACCAGCUGAGAUAACCUUGAAUCCAGAAUGCUUCCGUAAUAUGGUAAAUCUUGAAAUUUUCAUAAACGAUAAUGCAUCGCUAUGUGGGCACAUUAACUAUCUGCCCAAUGCGUUAAGAUUGAUUGAUUGGGAUAGAUGUCAGUUACAAUCUUUGCCACCCAAUUUUCAAGGAAAUAGUCUUGUUGAGUUCAGUAUGCCUCGCAGUCAUAUCAGACAAUUGGAUGGAUUUAACUUUAAGCAUUUGUCAAAGCUGACAUCUAUGAAUUUGAGGGGUUGUCAAUUCUUAGAAAAAAUCCCUAACUUAUCCGGAAUCCCAAACAUAAAGUACUUGAAUUUACGUGAGUGCACACUUUUGUUUGAGGUCGAUGGUUCUAUUGGAUUCCUUGAUCAACUUGUUCAAUUGGAUCUUGGUGGAUGCUUCAAUCUUACAAGGUUUGCAACAACACUUAGAUUGAAAUCUCUUGAAGAACUUGAUCUUAGGGAUUGCAAAAGGCUUGAGAGUUUCCCAGAAAUAGAAGUCGAGAUGGAAUCACUAUGGAGUUUGGACAUAUCAGGAAGUGGUGUAAGAGAAUUGCCUUCAUCAAUUGCAUAUCUUACCGGGCUUUCUCACUUUAGAGCUGAUUAUUGUGAGAACCUUACCUAUCAAAAAGUGAACUCUCAAGUUUCAUCCAGCAACUCUGAAUUGCCGCUGUUUCCCAACCUAUCAAAAAGUGAUUUCCUCCUGCCCCUUGAUUGCUGGUACACAUUAACAGAACUUGAUCUAUCAAGAAACAAUUUUGUCAAUCUUCCGAUAUGCUUUAGCAAAUUUGUCAACUUGCAGAAUCUUGACUUGAGUGAUUGCAAGAGUCUUCUGGAAAUUCCAGAACAAGUGCUUCCACCGAGAGUAAUUUCGGUAUUGCUGGAUAACUGCACAUCAUUGGAAAAAAUUCCAAAACUGGCUUGGGUACUUCUGGAUAACUGCACAUCGUUGGAGAAAAUUCCAAAACUCUCACUGGGGGAUGACGAUAUUCGUCUGAGUUUGACCAAUUGUGUUAGACUAUGCAGCUACGACAUCACAGAAAAUAUUUUUCUAAAUCAAGUUUCUGUUUCUCAUCUGCAUUCUGAUUUCGACAUUAAACUUCCAGGCGAUGAAGUUCCAAAGUGGUUCAGCUGUCGUAAAGAUGCAACAAUAGUUAGCCAUUAUUUGAUUUCAAGUAUUGGAACAAAGAGAUGCACUGCUGGAUGUGAAGUUAGUUUUGAAAUUCCUCCAAAUUUAAAAUGGGAGACGUUAAGAUUGGUUCUAUGUGUUGUUAUUGGUGGUAUUGCCAAGAUUCUUGUCAAUGGAAAACUCGUCAAUGAGAGACAUCUUGGAUUAUUGGAAAGUAGUCAUGUGUACCUCACGUCUAUUCCAUUAUUGGAUGGGUACAAGUGUGAAGAACCACUGACGAAGCAGGGUAAUAUGUGUCAAGUUAUACUUGACUUGUCUGGCAAAGUGCCCACACCCGUUAAAAUCCCCUGCGGGGUCCACCUAUUAGGCCACCAGGUUGCUGAUGUCAGUGAGACUGAUGUUGUAGAUCAUGGGCCAACGCAGUGGUGGUUGCCUGAUGCGAUGGCAGUUGAUGAUGAUGAUAUGAAGCUGGAUGGUAUUCAUGAUGAUCAACACCAAGACUACAAAUUGCUUUCCUUAUUGCCUUUAGCAUCAAAGACUAGUCUUGGCAAGAGGCCUCGCGGAUCAUAUUUCAUGGCACUUGAUGAUGAUCAUCGUGCUAACGUCGUCGACGUUGGUGAUCAUGAAGCUCAAUGGCUCACUUUGUUUACGGGACCAGCGAAUCACCCAAAGAGGACGCACAUUGAUCUUAGUGAGGAGCCAGAGCAAUGAAGUUUCAAAGUGGUUUAUGUGAGCCCUAGGUUCAGAUGUCGAAAUGAACGACCAAAUUUCUGGACAAUGGUCUGGCAAUCAAAGAGGUGUGUUGAGGCGCCGGCAGCUUCUGAGAUUCCAUUUGAAGUUGUAUAAGGUAAUACCUUUCUUCUCAAAUGAUGAAUCCAACAUUUAUCCACGGAUGAACAAAGCCGGAUUUAUCUAAUGCUUUCAUUCCACACAUAUACUUUGUCUAUGAUUCUUCUAUCUCAUUCAUUGGAAUUGAUGUAUGUUGGGGACAAAAUGUAACAGUUUUAUCUAUUUCAUAAUUUCCAAUCAAGGUUUGUUGAAAAUCAGACAAUAAUUGUAAAUAUGCAUCCAAAUAUGUCCAACAUAUUUAUGUUGAAAGAUUGUGUCUCAUUAUACUAGUGAUGUUGCUGGUAUUGGCAAGGUAAAAGAAUCCCAGCAUGUCUACAUCAUGUGAAGUUGCUGCAACUCAACUGCAGGAUACUUGUUCAAGAUAUUUUUGAUAAUACUGCAAAAGACACGAAAUGAGAUUUGGAACAGUUGAAACUGCAACAUGAAAACUUUGAUGGGCAGCGAAAGUAUCAUCCAUAUUUUGUAGUUUUCGAACUCCAGUUGUGAAUGGAUUUUGGGUCUUUGAAUACCAGUUGCUAUUUGAACAGCCCUGGUGCAACUAACAUCUUCAAUGGCUCCAUUUACCCAAAAAGAAUUUGGCUUUAGAAACUAGGAAA